CGUGGCUCCGGGCGGUCAAACUCACGUGGGUUCUGUGUUGCUUUCCGGAGGAGUAAUGGAGGAACGCACGACAAACUGGAGCAAGUGAAAAUUGAAAUAAACAUCACACUCGUGGCCGUGCAUGUGCAUGCCGGAGGCGCGCAUUAGUGUAACAAAGUAACAUUUUAUCUAUUGCUUUCGUUACGUGAGUUAUGAAUGUGGGACCUAUGGAGGAUGCUUGUUCUUCCAGUGCAUCACAAAGGAUGUUUGGAUAGGCCACGAGUGAAGGUGGGGAAAUCAGAGUUCUUUCAAUGAAAGACUCUACGUAACCACCAAUUAUCCUAGUGAAACGUCAUCAUGGAUUUCUCUAUAGACCAUCAUUGUUAAUGUGGACAAAAGCAGCGGAGCAUCUAGAUUCUGUGUCAGAGCUUCAGUAGAGGUGGGCAGCGGUCGAAGGUGAACUUGCAGCAGGGAAUGCCUGGAGGAGACGGCUUUCCCGAUGGAGAAGAGGAGAACCCUUCUCCAAGCUCCCGCAUGCAGGCAGACCAAACCAACGGCAGGAAGGACCCUGGGACCAGUGGAACCAGAUCUGGCUCAGGAGAAGAGGAGGAAGCCGAGGAGCAGCAAGGAAGGGCCAGCGGAGGGGAAAGCUCGCCGGGAUGUGAGGAGAGCGGAGGAGAGCAAACGCAUGAGGAUGUGGACAUGAACAGUGGCCAUGACUCCAGCAGCGGGAACGAUAGCGUCGCUGGAUCACGACGUCAUCGUUCCUCGGCCAAUUGCAGCCCUGGAAGCACUACGGGAUCGGGAAGCACUAAGAGCUCAAAAUCUGCCACCGGCUCCUCAUCCUCCAGCUUUCACAGCUCUCACCACACAGAGUGCAGUGAGCAGACAGAGCAUGGGCGUGAACAGACGCACAGAGAGAUGAUGCAGACGGUGCAGGAGAUGAAGAAGCGCUUGCCGUCUGAGAAGAGAAUGCGCAGUAAAGCCAGUACUGUGGAGGCACUGAACUAUGCGCUCAACUGUGUCAAACAAGUGCAAGCAAACAGUGAGUACUACAACUUACUAAUGAGCAGCGGUCUGGAGGAGAGACGGGACGCUACUGUGUGCACACUGGAGGAGCUGGAGGGAAUCACAUCAGAACACACGCUGAAAAACACGGACACGUUUGUGGUGGUCUUCUCUCUGGCCUCCGGGAAGGUGGUUUACGCGUCCGAACAGGCCUCCAGCGUGCUUCACUGCAAGAGGAAGUUUCUGGAAUCUGCCAAGUUUGUGGAGCUGCUGUACCAUCAGGACGUCAACGUGUUUUAUUCGCACACGGCGCAGCCGCGACUGCCGCCCUGGAAUGUGGGAACGGACAGCGCGGCCGUUCUGUUUGAAUGUGCCCAGGUCAAGUCCUUCUUCUGUCGAAUCAGAGGGGGGAAAGACAGAGAUGGAGAAAUGCGUUAUUGUCCUUUCCGGAUCACUCCGUACCUACUGAAGGUUCAGGGAUUGAGUGGAGAGGAAGAGCCGUGCUGCCUGGCGCUCGCUGAACGCAUCAUCUCAGGAUAUGAGGCCCCUCGCAUUCCCAUGGACAAGCGCAUAUUCAGCACAACUCAUUCUCCAGGCUGUGUGUUUCUAGAAGUGGACGACCGUGCGGUGCCUUUGCUCGGCUACCUCCCUCAGGACCUGAUCGGUACCUCAGUUCUGACCUGCCUACAUCCAGACGAUCGCAUGCUCAUGUUGGCCAUGCAUCGCAAAAUUCUGAAGUACGCAGGCCAGCCUCCGUUCGAACACUCACCCAUCCGGUUUCGGUGUCAGAACGGCGACUACGUCACCCUGGACUCCAGCUGGUCCAGCUUCAUCAACCCUUGGAGCCGUAAGGUGGCCUUCAUCAUCGGCAGGCACAAAGUUCGCACUGGACCUCUGAAUGAGGAUGUCUUUGCUGCACGGAGUAACGCCGAGCAGCCAAUCAUGUGUGAGGACGUUAAAGAGCUGCAAGCCAUGAUCUACAAGCUCUUCCUGCAGCCUGUUCAUAAUAAUGGAUCGAGUGGCUAUGGCAGUCUGGGUAGUAACGGCUCUCACGAGCACUACAUCAGUGUGGCGUCAUCCAGCGACAGUAACGGAAACCUCUGGGAGGACUCGCACAGAGAACCAAUGACAUUGCAGCAGUUUUGUGCUGAUGUCAAUAAAGUGAAAAACUGGGGCCAGCAGGCGUAUCUCGACUCCCGGAGGAAGCUCACACCUUUAGGACCAGCCACUGCAGCAGUGGCAGGCGCAGGCAUUCAUCCUAACUCCAGUCGGGGUUUGGGAAUUAGAAAUCAUCUGAAGCAGUCUCUGCAGGAAGCCCGGAAACAACCGCACAUUCCAUCAUAUCAGCAGAUCAACUGUGUGGACAGCAUCAUCAGAUAUCUGGAGAGCUGUGCAACAUCUGCUCUGAAACGAAAGAGCAAGUCUUUGUCCAUAGUUACUUCUUCCUCUUCUUCUAUGUCUGAGGAAGAUAAACCCGCAGCGGCCGCACAUGAAGACACUGUGAACACAGAUGAAGCUGCGCUAGAGGGCGCUGGUGCUCUGGACAGCCAGGUGUCUGCGGGUUCAGUCACGACGGCAGCGGUAGUGGGAGCGCCGCUCACGGACCUCACAAUCUCUACGGAAGCCAUGAGCGUGGUGUCUGUCACCAGUCAGUGCAGCUACAGCAGCACUAUAGUGCAUGUACCGCAGCCCGAGUCGGAAGUCACUGCCUUAGAAGAUGCUCCAAUGGGUAGCGAGCCAACAGACUCCACCCCCACCCCUGCACGCCCCGCCCCCAGCACCUCCCCAGCGGCCGAGGAGUUGCUCGUGCUGGGCCUCACCAAAGAGGUGCUGUCAGCUCAUACCCAGAAGGAGGAGCAGCAAUUCGUCGACCGUUUCCGACAUCGUAUCCUGCAGAGUCCCUACAGCUCCUACCUCCAACAGGACAACAGCAGCAUGGCCCAUUCUCAUCACAGAGGAGAUGUCGUGCGACCUCCAAACAGACACAAGCGCCCGAAACCAGAGGACUCGUCCGACAGCUACGGCUCCCAGCCGGGCAACUACUGGUCACAUCCCGGACCCACAGGAGCACCCCAUUCCUCCUGGCCUUCCUCAGAGUCCUCUCAGCCCCUGCCAUCCAACAUUGGCUUUGUGCCGCCCAUGGCAGUGCCCAUGCAAACGGCCCCUUACUUCACUGUCGGUGUGGAUCAGCAGCCCAUGGUGGUCCAGCCUGACCAAGGUGUCCAGAACCUCCAACCCAUGCAGCCCAUGCAGCCCAUGAUGGUUGUUCUACUUCCUAGCUACCCCAUGUACAACAAUGGCAACAAUGGCAUGUACCUCCAGGGAAUGCCGGUUGCAGCGCCUGGAGUUAUUCCCCAGCCUCCCUUCAAUAUGGGUGGCUUUAUCCCACCUGGUGCCCACAUGCCACAUGGGUCUCCGCUGCAGGGACAUCCUCCAGGAUCCACUGUCUCAGGUGUUGGGAUGCCAGCAGAUGUCUCCGCGGAGGUCGACUCGAUUCCCACUCCUUGGUUUGGGGAAGACCUUGAUGCAGCACAACCCACGGCACUCUUCUCCAGCUCUCGCUCCAGCUCACCCAUCCAGCUGAACUUACUCCAGGAGGAGCUGACCAAACCCACUGAAGCCCAGACCAGCACCGGUCCAGAGAGUCUGCACGAGCACCACGCCAAAGCGGAAGAUGCUCCCAGUGAGUCGGGUAACCAGGACGCCAAUUCUACCUCCAGCGAAAUGCUUGACCAAUUGCUACAGGAGGAUGCCCGCUCAGGAACCGGCUCCAACGCCUCGGGCAGUGGCUCCGGAGAGUCGGGAGGCUCACUGGGCUCCGGAUCCGGACUGGGAUCUAAUGGAACGUCCACCAGCCAUACCGGCAGCAGCAACAGCAGCAAGUACUUCGCAAGCAACGAUUCGUCGGACACGUCGCGAAAGGCGCGCAAGUCCGCUGAGGCCCAGGAGAGGGAGCGUACCACCUUCAAGAAGCACGUGGACAACCCGCUGUGGAGCAUGAUCAAGCAGACGCCAGAACCCGUCAUGAUGACCUAUCAGAUCAGCUCCAGGGAUCAGGCCCAGGUUCUGCAAGAAGACAGAGAGAAGCUGGUUCUGAUGCAGCCCAUGCAGCCCUGGUUCACCCAGGACCAGAAGAAGGAGCUCGCGGAGGUUCAUCCCUGGAUCCAUCAGCACACGGUCCCACAGGAGAUCGACACACAGGGCUGUGUGAGUUGUAACACCAUGGAAUCGGGUGAGGAACUGAAUCUUCAGACACCUGACAGCUCCUGUCCGCAAGACUGUCCAUCACAGGACGCCAGACCCAACACAGACACCUGACCGCUCUCCGCAGCAUGGACAAUCGGUGCAACCGCAGGCCCUGCUGGUCCUCCGGCUUUCUGGGACUCAAGGAUUCCUCUGCUUUCAGCUGGGAGUCCUAGGAAGAGAGAGACAUCCACAUGUGUGUGCCACUCUCUCAUAAUCCUGCCUGAAGGCACGGAACGAGGCGAGACCUCUGCACUCAAAGGAACCACGUCAGAGUGAGUUUGUGCGCGCGCAGGAGAUGUACAGUUCCACAUGUGAACGGCGGUCAUCACAUGACCAUGCUGUUCUCCGUUACAGUCCAUGGACCCAAACAACUGUGAAUAUCGGACUAUACUUUGGUAGUGAUGUCACAUUCACCGGUGUAGUUUGUAUUCAGGCUGUUGCCCGAAUCUGAAAAAUGUUUUUGUUAAUUAAUGACGUGUCCUCUACUGAAUCAGGAGGGUUUAUGAUCUCCCAGAAGUACCUGUAAUGAGUUUCUGAUUAAACGUCCCACAAUGUCGCAGCAUCCUGUUCAGUUGCUAACGAACUUUAGCACUCGAGGCCAAAAUCUAAAAGCAUCUAUGAAUGGAAACGAAUGAUAUUUGGACCCAGUUUUACUGUCCAGAGGUUUACUUUUACUUAACCGUUUCAUCUCAAAUUAGUCUUCUGUUUAGUUCAUCCACAUCGAGCUGUAUCACCCCAGUUAAGCAAACCAGUAAUAAGAGGGACGAUAUUCUGUACGUAUUAAGUUCAUCCAAUGCAAGCAGAUAAUUUGAAUGAGGCCUUAAAUUAGUUUCUCUUUCAGUGUUGUUACAAUCCGUUUUACGACACAAUGUGUUUAUUCAUUGUCUCUGUUUUCAAUUUCAAAUAUUUUUUCUACCAAACGAUGUCAAGCAAUGUCUUAUUAUGGUAUAAAACUCUUAAAUUAUGGUGUCUAAUCUCAAGAUACAGACAUUUUUCUCUUGUGUCUGUUGGGUUGAUGGUUAAACGCGUAUAUAGGUGUCAAAAACAUAACUGGGUCACAUUUCUCCCCAAAAAAAUAAAUUUAAGCUUAAUUUAAUUUUUAAAUUAAUAAUUUUAAAAAAAUCACACACACACAUAUAUAUAUAUAUAAUUUAUAUAUAUAUUUAUAUAUAUAUUUUAUAUAUAUUUAUAUAUUUGUUUAUGACCAUUCUAGGACCAUUAUGAUUAUUGCCAUUGUGACAUUUAUUUUCAAGUUGUCUGUUUCGGAGCAAAAUCUGCUUGCUGGUUGUAAUGCAAAAAUAGCUAUGUAAUUUUAAUGGUUCUAAAAAUGUUUUUUUUUUUUUUAUAGAAUAUAAUUUUUUUUCUUACGAUAUUUCUGGUGAAUUGUGACCUGAACAUGUUUCAUGAGGUUCACUGGUAGAUAAAACGUAUCAAAUCCAUCACAAAGCAUCCAGAAAGACCAACUCAUUGCAGCGUACCGUACAGUUUUCACCAAACCUUGUUUUUGUCAUCAUGUCUUUUUUUAAUUUAUUGAUCUGUUGUCUUCAGAAAGGUGUACAUGUCAGAGCUGACGUGUGUCAUUGUGAGCGUGUUUCCUGAUGUCACAUUAGACGUAGUUCCUUUAUGUUUUGUAGGUUGUUGCAGUAACGGAGAGAUGCCAGAGGCCCGAUUAUUGACCCGUCAGUCCGUACCCAACAGCAAACUUCAGUUUUGUGAUCAGAUAAAUUUUGUACAGUUUUUAGAAAGAAAACAUGUAAAUAUCAGUAAAAUGUAUUUUAAGAAAAAAAAGGUGCAAAAUACAAUGAACUGUAUAAAAAAAAGCCAUUUUGUCUCAAAUUCAGGGAAAUAUUUUAACCAUAUGAGAACUAUGAAUAAAAAAAAAAAAAAAAAAACACAA